AUGGGGGCAAAGGUGGCGCACUGCGUGAGAAAUCAGCGAGAGCAGCAGCAGCAGCAGAAGAAGAAAGGACUUAGUAGCGACCAAUCAAAUGAGCUCCGGGGAGCAAAGGGGCGUGGUCAUCCCUGCCCUGUGCUCGGCUUUCUAAACUCCCCUCCCGCGGCAGGUCAUCCGCCGUUACCAAGAGGAGAACCGCCGUUACCAAGAGAAGAACCACCGUUACCAAGAGGAGAACCACCGUUACCAAGAGGAGAACCUUCGUUACCAAGAGGAGAACCGCCGUUACCAAGAGGAGAACCGCCGACACCAAGAGGCGAUCCGCCAAUACCAAGAGGAGGACCGCCAACACCAAGAGCAGAACCGCCGACACCAAGAGGAGAACGGCCGUUACCAAGAGGAGAUCCGCCAUUACCAAGAGGAGGACCUCCGACACCAAGAGGAGAACCGCCGUUACCAAGAGGAGAACAGGCCGUUACCAAGAGGAGAACCGCCGUUACCAAGAGGAGAUCCGCCAUUACCAAGAGGAGGACCGCCGACACCAAGAGGAGGACCGCCGUUACCAAGAGGAGGACCGCCGUUACCAAGAGGAGAACCGCCAUUACCAAGAGGAGAACCGACGUUAUCAAGAGGAGAUCCGCCAUUACCAAGAGGAGAACCGCCGACACCAAGAGGCGAUCCGCCAUUACCAAGAGGAGAACCACCGUUACCAAGAGGAGAACCGCCGACACCAAGAGGAGAACGGCCGUUACCAAGAGGAGAUCCGCCAUUACCAAGAGGAGGACCUCCGACACCAAGAGGAGAACCGCCGUUACCAAGAGGAGAACAGGCCGUUACCAAGAGGAGAACCGCCGUUACCAAGAGGAGAUCCGCCAUUACCAAGAGGAGGACUGCCGACACCAAGAGGAGGACCGCCGUUACCAAGAGGAGAACCGACGUUACCAAGAGGAGAACCGCCAUUACCAAGAGGAGAACCGACGUUAUCAAGAGGAGAUCCACCAUUACCAAGAGGAGGACCACCGACACCAAGAGGAGGACCGCCGACACCAAGAGGAGAACCGCCGUUACCGAGAGGACAUCCACCAUUACCGAGAGGAGAACCGCCGACACCAAGAGGAGAACCGACGUUACCAAGAGGAGAUUCACCAUUACCAAGAGGAGAUCCGCCAUUACCAAGAGGAGGACCGCCGACACCAAGAGGAGGACCGCCGACACCAAGAGGAGGACCGCCGACACCAAGAGGAGGACCGUCGACACCAAGAGGAGAACCACUGUUACCAAGAGGAGAACCGACGUUACCAAGAGGAGAACCGACGUUACCAAGAGGAGAACCGACGUUACCAAGAGGAGAACCGCCGCCAGCGCCGCCUCCUGAAGGGAGUGUGCAACACGGAGAUGAAAGAGACCUGUCCUAAAGUACCUGAAGAGGAGCACAUAGAAGUACCUGAGCCCUGUGCAGUUGAGCCAUUGGCUAAAAAACCUGAUGGCUCUGAUGCCAGAGAGAAAGACACCGAAAGGCUUGAGGACAACAUCACCAGCCCACUACAGGAUAUUACCUUUAGAAACCUCAACACAACCCCAGAAAUCCCUCAGCCAAGAUGUAGUAAGGAACUCGACAACCUCGGAAAUCUGAAACCAUCAAAAACUUCAGACACAAAGACAGUGGAAGACACUCUGCAGAAGACAAUCUACAAGUUUCGAAGGAGGAAGCCCGACGAGCGCCACAGUGUUGUUACUGACUCACCUGAAUACACGUGUGUUUUGCAGACACUUUUCCAAGACUGCAAGAACUUGCCUGAAAACAAGAAACCUCUGUUGUUUGCCAAAGUUAUUACCAAUGAGAAUAUCAGACCUCACAGAAUACACAGACCUCGUAAUGAUGCCAACAAGUCGUCAAGAGGGAACUUCACAUAUCACAGUGAUGCUCCUGAAUGGCCGCAGAUGCCUAUGAAGGAUCACGCUUUGAAGCCAGUAACAUGUCUUCCAGAGAUCAGGGACAGAGAGCUGAAGGAGAGACAAGUCAUUAAUUGCGAUGCUGAGCACAACGAAGCGACCGAGCGACUGCAGAAGCUAUCAGGACGGGGUCACUCAAAGCUCCUGAUAUUUUCAGGCGCACAAGAGGAGGAGGAAAUGAAAAACCAAGCUCUCGGCGAGCACUGUCGCAACAUGCCGCAUAUGCUGGGAGCCAUGCCGCACGGCAUGGUUUACGACCCCAAGGAGACUCCCACUUUUGGACUGGUCCACAUCUGCUGCUCCAGUCUCCAGAGUUUCAUGGCCUGCCCCUUUUUGAGUUUCCAGGACGAAGCGGUGUGCCUGAAACCCUUGAACAACCUCUACUGCAACAUCCAAGGAGAGAUAAUGGUUACGGGCGUUUCGUGGUGCGACCUGGUGGUGUUUGCCAAAGAUGACAUGCUGGUUCAGAGAAUUUACCGGGACGGAGGCAGGAUCUAG